AUGCAAAUCACCACCGUCCUCCUCACUCUCACGUCGUUGGUCCUCCCGGCCAUCGCGGCUUCUGGUGUUCCUUCUUGCUGCAACGGCCCUGAGACGUUCAUCGACUGCGGCCCCGGCCAGAACAGCAACCCGUACAACCACGGCCAUUGCCCGUCCGGCACCAUCUGCCGCUACUUCGACGCAAACUGCGAUGUCACGAACCCCAAGAGCGACUGCCGGGGCAAGUGCGUGCAGUGCCACUAG